AUGACGGUUAAUCUCUCGGACAGUGGCUCAGGCGCAGCUCAAUCGGAACGUCAGCAUGAACCACAAAAUAUUCGACAGAAACGCGCCUCGGUUCCUAAUGGCGGGCUCCUCGCAUGGCUGCAGGUAGCAGGGUCCUUCAUGCUAUACUUCAACACAUGGGGCAUCAUCAACUCUUUCGGAGCCUACCAGACCUAUUACAUGUCGGGUCUCCUUGAUCGCUCAUCUGCUAGCUCAAUAUCCUGGAUUGGAUCCGUGCAAUCCUUCUUGGUCAUGUUUGUCAGCGUUGUCGCAGGACCACUGUUCGAUGCCGGGUACUUUCGAGCACUCAUCACCGUUGGAAGCAGCCUCGUUGUGUUGGGCUAUAUGCUGCUAAGCCUCUGCGCAGAAAACAAGUACUGGCAGGUCAUGCUCGCCCAGGGCGUGUGUAUCUCUAUCGGCAGCGGCAUCAUCUUCGUCCCGAGCGUUGCGGUGCUGACGCAAUACUUCGAUACGCGUCUAUCCUUCGCAGUUGGCAUUGCUGCCAGCGGUAGUAGCGUGGGGGGCGUCGUCUACCCCAUCAUGUUUCGAAACCUGGUUUAUCGCUUGGGUUUCGGAUGGACGACGCGCAUCACUGGUUUCGUGGCGCUGGCAGGUUUGAUGUUUGCCAAUGUUGCCUUGAGGCUACGUCGGCCCCCAAUGAAGGGCAAACGCCGAGUCUUUAUUGAUCGAUCGGCCUUCCAUGAUGGGCCUUUCACUGUCACUUGCUUGUCGGUAUUUGUGGCUUUCACGGGCCUGUACACUCCAUUCUACUACAUCCAAAGUUUUGCGCUCAAUGGCGGCCUGGCAGGCGGUGAUCUGGCUCUGAACCUGUUAGCCAUCCUCAAUGCAGGAUCUGUCUUUGGGCGACUCCUACCAAACUUCCUCGCCGACAAGUUUGGCCCAUUCAAUAUAAUGACCCCCUGCGCCGCCUUAACCGGCGUCCUCAUCUUCUGCCUCCUUAGUGUCCACGACGCUGCCGGCCUGGUCAUCUAUUGCGUUUUCUUUGGCUUCUUCUCCGGCACCUUUGUGUCUCUACUGCCCCCGCUGCUUGUUAGUAUAUCGCCAGACCGUGAUCUGAUUGCAACCAGGAUGGGAAUGUCUUUCACAACAUCUGCUGUUGGUCUCCUGAUUGGUUCUCCCAUAGCUGGCGCGAUAUUGGGGGAAGGCUCUUACAAGCACGUAUGGCUGUACAGCGGCGUUCUUGUUCUUACAGGAGCAAUGGGACUUCUGCUCGCACGAUUGCUGUCUACAACUUGGCGGUGGAAGGUUAGAGUGUAA